AUGGCACCUUAUGUGGAAGAGCCCUCGGCGGUAUCGCUGGAUGUACCGUCCAAGAUGGCACCAAACCUCGUCGCCCCCGAACCUGAACACUGUCCCGGCCCUGAAUCCGAACAAGCCGGUCAAGGCGAUGCAUGCGCAGGCUGCCCCAACCAGCAAAUCUGUGCAUCCGCACCAAAGGGUCCCGAUCUCGACAUUCCCAUCAUCACGGAACGGCUCGCUUCGAUCCGACAUAAGAUCCUGGUCCUCUCCGGCAAAGGCGGGGUGGGCAAAUCCACCUUUUCCACACUGCUAGCACACGCAUUUGCCGCCAACCCAGAGUCAACCGUGGGAAUCAUGGAUACCGACAUUUGCGGACCCUCGAUUCCGAAGAUGAUGGGCGUGGAGUCCGAAACUAUUCACGUGAGCAACGCAGGAUGGAGUCCCGUCUGGGUAACAGACAACCUGGGCGCAAUGAGCGUGCAGUUCAUGCUGCCCAACCGCGAUGAUGCGGUUAUCUGGCGCGGGCCCAAGAAAAACGGCCUGAUCAAGCAGUUCCUUAAGGACGUCGAUUGGGGCGAGCUCGACUAUCUGAUUGUUGAUACCCCGCCUGGCACCUCGGACGAACACCUGUCCGUCAACUCGCUGCUCAAGGAGUCUGGCGUCGAUGGCGCGGUGGUUGUUACUACCCCGCAAGAAGUGUCGUUGCUCGACGUCCGCAAGGAGGUGGAUUUCUGUCGCAAGGCAGGCAUUCGCGUCCUGGGUCUCGUGGAGAACAUGUCCGGAUUUGUCUGCCCGAACUGCACACAUGAGUCACAGAUCUUCCGCGCUACAACUGGCGGUGGUAGACGUCUUGCCAAGAAGAUGGGUAUUCCUUUCCUUGGUGCUGUGCCGCUUGAUCCGCGCGUCGGCAUGUCCUGUGAUUUCGGAGAGAGCUUCAUCGACAACUUUCCGGAUAGCCCUGCCUCCAAGGCGAUUAAGCGCGUUGUACGCGCUGUUGGUGAAGCUGUCGGCGAGAAGGCUGAUGAUGUUUUGCCAGAGGGUAUGAUUGCUUGA